CGGGGUGGUACACUGACUGAGGAGGGAGAUGGAUGCGACGCCGCUGUCUACCGGCUGUGUGAAUGAGAUGGAGGCCGGUGGAGAUGAAGAGGGAGAGGCUCGGGAGGAGAGCCCCGAGUGCCAAAGACUCACUGCAGAGAGAGAUGAGGCUGAGAUGCAACUCAAGCACAUUAAACGGGUUUCCCAAAUGGUGAUCGAGGAGGUGAAUGUGCUACAGACCCAGCUCGAGAUUGAGAAAUCGUGCCGGGAAAAUGCAGAGGCUUUGGCUACCAAGUUGAACUGUGAGAACAGGAAGCUGAAGUAUUUGAGCCUGUCCUCACGGCCGUGUCUGGACGAGCUGCUGCCCAGUAUUUCUGACUGCAUUUCCCUAGAAGAAGAGACUGACACGCAAGAUCCUGGCUCUGAUCCUUUUUCACAGUAUAAGCAGCAGGUCAAAGAUCUCCAAGAAACCGUGAGUUCUUUGCUGGAGGAGAAGAAGCAGUUGACCUGUCAGCUUCAAGAUCAGCAGAGGCAGAUAGAGGAGCUGACAGCACUCACUGAAAAGGAGCAGGCCGAGAUGAAGGAGCUUCAUAAAACCAUUGAGCUGCAAAGCAAGACCAUUAAGAGGUUCAACAGGGUGUCUAUGAUGGCCACUCAUGAGUAUGAAAACAUGAAGGAGCAGCUGGAUUUGGAGCAGAGCCUCAGGCAGAAAGCAGAGACCUAUGCACAUGAGAUGAUGGUGAAGCAGAAAGAAGCAAACAGACAGAGCAUGAUUCUGCUGCAGCAAGCAGAUCCCAGCAUGCAACUGCUCAACGCUUUAGAAGAUGUGGCCAGUGUGACCAAAACAUUAGAAGAAUUGAGAAUACAGCACCAAGAGAAGGUAAAAGCUCUAGAGGCUGAACUGGAAGAAUGUGCUUUGCGUAAGCAGCUAGUUCAACUGCACAGACAACUGGAGAUAUUAGACGAAGAAAAAAAAGAGACCGAGGGCCACUUUACUGCGCUGAACUCUCUCAUUGCCAUCAUGAGGAAAUCUUCCAAGGGAGGUAAAGGAACCCCCAAACUAGAGCAAGCCCCAGUAAAUGAAGCAGUGAACGAUGUCAAAGUCAAAGCUGUGAAUGAAAUGAUGGAGAGAAUUAAACACGGCGUGGUUCUCAGGCCUGUGAAGAGUCAGGACACUAAGAGAUUUGGCACAAAGCAGCCGAGCCCAGUGGCAGCAGCAGCAGCAGUGGAGGAAAAGCACCAGGAAAGUGCAAUGGAAGAGCUGAAAGGCAUUCUGGAGACGGUGAAGAAGAGUCCCAGUCGUGGUUUCCAGGAAGUAGUUCAUGCUAAAAAGGACAGUGAACUGGAAGUAAUUCUGAGGAGGAGGCGCAAACAGGCCUGUGAUCUGGACACAGAAGAUGAUGGGCAGCUGAGUAAAGUCUCCUCAUCAAACAGCCUGAACGGCCGACACAGUUCUGACUCUGGCAAAGACACAGAAGGGCCGGGAAGCAGCUCUCUGUCGGGCAGCGAGCGCGGAUCAAGAACCAGCUCAGACUCGGGCCGAGAGCCAGCCGUGGCUCGACAGAGCUCCGAUUCUGGCAUGGAGACCAAAGGAGCCACUCAGACAGACAAUGUCUGCAGAUCUCUCUCUGAGAAAGAGUCCGCUGAACCAGUCACCAACGGGUGCUAUUCAAGUGAAAUGAAGGAUGGCGAUCCAGAGAAGUGGGCGGGGCCCAAUGGGAUCAGCUAUACGGAUGCAAGUGACGUCCUGCAAACCACCAUCAGCUCCUCUGCACAAAGCCCCAAUGCAGCAAACAGUAGCACAGACGCCGAGUGUUAACAGCAAGUGGCGCUGCAAGGACAGCUGCAUUAUUUGCACAAAACCAUGCUUUCUAAAUUUAUUUCAUAUUCAAAACCAACCGUUCAUAUUU